AAUUACUUUUCUUUUUUUUUUUUUUCAAAUUUUCUCAAAAAACCAUUUACAGUAUUACUCUCCUUAUAUUUAUCACACCUGAAUCAGAUAGAGACAGAGAAUUUUUGAAGAGAGAGAGAGAGGGGGGUUUUGAAGAGAUUCAAGGCUCCACUUUGUAUGUUUGAUGAGUCUAUAACUUCUCUCUCAUCUCUAAUUAUUAUUAUUAUUGUUUUUGUCUUUCUGUGAGUGAAAAAAAACUGACAAAACAACACCGAUUCGAACCUUGCUGCAAUCUAGAGAAAAACAGAGAGAACGAAAGGUUUUGGUUUUCUGAAGGAAGAAGGAGAAAAGAAAAAAAUGGACGGUGGAGGGAGAGGGAGAGGACGGUGGAAGAACUUGAAACAACGGUUGGGAUUGAAGGGGAUGGGUUUUUGUGGGUCCCCAUGGAGUGUCGGAGCUUUCGAAAUGGAAGAUGCUCUCGAACAACAAGAACCGAUUAGUAAUGGCGACGUUGGUGGUCAGAUUUCCGCUCCGCCGCCGUGUGUGGGUCAGAUACCGGCCACCGGCAUGAACCUCGCGACGGCUCUUGCGGCGGAGCGCAACCUUCGGCCCGCGGGUCCCACAAUUGACGCGGCGGCGACAACUAACGGAGGGACGAUGCCGACAUUCACGCAGUUGAGAUCGUUGAUGGGAUUGUUUGAAGAAACGGACGGCGAGGAUCGAAAGAGGAGGGAGAGGGAGAAGGAAAGAGGAGGGGGGAUUGAUGAGGUGUGUUGCGUGUGCAUGGAAAGGAAUAAAGGUGCGGCUUUUAUCCCAUGCGGACACACCUACUGUAGGGUUUGUUCUCGGGAGGUGUGGUUGAAUCGAGGGUCUUGUCCUCUGUGUAACCGUUCGAUUACCGAGAUUCUCGAUAUCUUCUAGAGAUCAGCAGCUUCACUUGAUUUUUUACUUUUCUUUUGGGAUUUGUCAAAUUAUUUGCUAUUCUUUUUUUUUCUUUUUUUUUUUUCAAAAUUUAGAAAGGCAUUACAUCUUAAUGAUGAGAACAUGCAAUAGGAUUGGAGGAUCAUGGUGAAAUUAUUUGAACCAAAAUGAUAGUAUUUGUUUUAGCAUGAA